CGCAUCCUUUGAGUGCUAUGUGCGCAAAUAUUGUCAUCAAAGAUCUUGUUUAGGUAUAUUGUGUGGGUUUAUUGAUAUACUGCAUUGCUUGUGGCGCCCUAACUCUUCAACAACAACAACAACAGCAUUGAUUGUGUGAAUCCCUGGCAGCUACGCGUCCAAGAGGCCCUAUAUACCCGCGCCCAGUUCAAGUUCGCCCGCGCCCUAAUUCAACAAGAACUGGAACAAGCUAUAGAUGUAAAGAUAUAGGUGAAACAGGUGCUGUGGAAGCAAAAUGCUGAUGAAGUUUGGUGGGCGCCACUAUCAUUUGGCUGAUUUUAUAGCCCCAAAACAUGAUUUUAUCAUUUUAUGAGAUUUCUUUAAAUUAAUAUCCAUCAUAACAACAAAAUUAAUUCUCUGUUCAGCUGUCACUUUGAUCUGAGAUGCUUCGAGCUGGCGGGGAUGCACCUGGAGGCGUCGCCGCCGGACACGGGGCCGCCGCCACUGAGGCUCGCCAACGGCAUGGACGACGGCGAGGUGGUCCACGAGGGCUGGCUCAUCAAGUCGCCGCCGCAGAAGCGCUUCCCCAGAGCGAAGUGGCGGAAGCGGUUCUUCCUGUUGCGCCGCUCCGGCUCCCUGCCGUCACAGUACGUGCUCGAGUACUUCAGCGACGAGUCCAAGCGGAAGCUCAAAGGCAAGAUCGAGCUCGACCAGUGUGAGCAGGUGGACGCUGGCCUGACGCUGGACUCGCGUAAGCAUCAGUACGACUUCAUGUUCGACAUUCGCACGCCGAAGCGAACGUUCUACCUGGCGGCCGAGUCGCGGGCGCUAAUGGAGCGGUGGGUGGACUGCAUCUGCCGCGUCUGCGGCCUCAAGGUGUACCCGCGCGACGGCGACGAGCACGGCCCGGCGCUGGUGGCGUCGGCGACUCCGGACGCCAGUCCGCGGCCGGCCAGUGAGCCGCUCAGCGACGCCGACGACUCGGACUCGCCGCCCGGCUCGCCGAGCAGCGUGUCAGCGUCGGGCCCCUACAUCCCCAUCAGUGAGUGCAUCAGCGGCGUGCCGCGGCUGGCCGGCUCGCCGCCGUCGCCGGCCGCGCCCACGCCCGCCAAGGCGGCCGUCUCGGCGCGGCCGUUCUCCAGCCGGCGCCGACCCGUGGUGCGGCGCGGCACGGACGUGGCUGAUCUGGAGACGCUGCGCGCCGGCGACGGGCCAGCGCCGGCCGGCGCCACCGCGUCGCCGCCGCCCCAGGUCAACUGGGAGACGUUCCCGGGGCCGACGCUGCACUCGCGCAGCAACAGCAUGCCAGAGACGGUCAAAGGUGGCGUCAACAAGGCCGAGCAGCUGAAGCAGGGCCCGCCGCGGCCGCCCAAGCCGCGCCACCUGCAAGGCCACGAGCCGGCCGGCGGACCCAACUACCAGAACUGUGAGGAGCUCCGCUCGCCGCGCCUCUCGGACACCGAGUCGGCCACGCCUCGCACGCCCACCACCGUGCCGGCAGACGACAUGUUCGACUUUCGGCGCGCGCAGCAGGAGCGGGCCAGCGGCCGUCAGCGUGGCGCCCACCCUAGCGCCGCACCGGGGCAGAUCUUCAACUACGACUUUCCCGUGCGCUCGGCGCCCGUCGUCAACCGCACGCUGAAACCGCGCAAGGUGCAUAAGGGGACACCCACAUGUAUCGGGAAUAGUCCAGUACUUGGCAGAAGAAAUGAGGCUACCCUACAAAAAUUACCGCAAUCGAGUGAGUCGGCGGCCGGCGGAGAGCCGGCGCCGGCGGCCGGCACCCCGUGCAGCACGCCCGGAUCGGCGCCGCCGGCCGUCUAUCGCGCCCUCAAGCCGUCCAGACAGCCGCCGGCCGCCCUCAACAAGGAACACGUGCUGACUCUGGCGCCGCCGCCGCUGCGACACGGCGCCGCCGCGCGCCACCAGAGGGCGGCGCCGUCGCCGACCCCGCUGCGGGCCGGCGCUGAGCCCGUGUCGGCGGCUCCGUCGCCGCCGCACACGGCCGUGACCGCCGUUUCGGCCGAACAGGUAUACUGCGACUCGGAGCCGGACGGCCGGCCGCUGCACGAGGUACAGUACCUGGACCUGGACUUGGCCGAUGCCGCCGCCGCCGCACCUGCUCCGCCACGCUCGCCGGCCAAGACGCCGCUGGGGCGCGAGGCCUCCACCGGCACCGUCUACAAAACGGUGGACUUUGUGAAGACGGAGGCCUUCAACAAGACGCGCCAGAGCGUCGAGCUGGAGCGUACUACCAAGGACGGCAGCGGACCGCUGUCCCGCAGCUCGGCCGACGUCAGCCGGCGCAGCGACGCCUGAGACAGACAGAGAGAGAGAGAGAGCCGCCGACACGGUACAUAUCGGACUGCCUUAGUGGCCGGCACACUGGAGGCGCCGGCCGACCGCCUCUCGGCGCGAGCUGCAGUGUGGAACGCGUGGCCGCGCUUCUGAUCGACAGAUGGCCGGUCAGUCGCGAAAUCGCGUCCACGCCCAGGUAUUACGUUUAAUUGUUGUUCGUGUGUGUGCCCUGAUUUUUUGUAAUGGUGCUUAUGUUUUGCAAAGUGCUGAUCUGGCCAUAGAUUUGCUCAAUGACCUGUCAAAAAUUGGUAGUGGCGGCGGCUAUGUGAGCCGACUGGCGCGGAGCGGCCGCGGGCCACUGGCCGGACCGCGGCAUGGAGGUGAGAGAGAGGGAGAGAGAGAGAGAGAGAGAGAGAGAGAGAGAGAGAGAGAGAGAGAGAGAGAGAGAGAGAGAGAGAGAGAGAGAGAGAGAGAGAGAGAGAGAGAGAGCGUACGAGCGAGCGAGAGAGUAAUAUCGGCCCAGCGGCGCCAUGUCUUUCUGGGCGGCGGCCGGACCUUGGCUGCCGUCACUAGGAAAUCCAGCGCCCACGUGUACGGCUGGCUCUGCUUCAAUAUACUGAUCGUGAUCUGUC